AUAGUACAAUUUUCAUAAAAUGUUUGAUAUUUUUUUGACAUGACAUGAUGUUUGACAUUUUUUGAUGUCACUACAAAUUCAACUUUAAGUUCUACUUGAUCUUUCCAUUGCGUGAAAUUUACUCCAUAAUAUUUCCAAUAAUCUACUCGAAAUUAUCAGUGAUCGGAACUAUGGGAGUAAAACUUUAACAAAACUUGUUAAGCGGACAUAAAAUAGUACAUACAGCCCUAAAAAUAUUCAUGUCCAUAGGGAUAGGAAUAGUAUAGCACUUACAGCCAUAAAAAUAUUUACAUUCAUAGAUAUUCGAAUAUGUUUAAGGCUAUAAGCACUCUUUUUAAGUCAGCUUGAUAAGUUUUGUUAAAGUUUUACUCCCAUAGUUCCGAUCACUGAAAAUUAUAAAUAAAUUGGAUUGGAUUUUAAAUGUUUUUUUUUAACCAGUUAAGUAUUAUUUAGGAAGCGGUGGUGGCCGAGUGGAUAUGACUUCCGACUUUCAAUCCAAGGUCGCGGGUUCAAAUCCUGGCUCGUACCAAUGAGUUUAUCGGAACGUAUAUACGAAAUAUGAUUUAAUAUUUACCACUAGCUUAUCGAUCAAGGAAAACAUCGUGUGUGUAUAUGUGAAGUCCCCAGUCCGCAUUGGGCUAGCGUGGGAACUACAGCCCAAGCCAUCUCGCGCAAUAAAGGAGGCCUGUGCCCAGCAGUGGGAGGUAUAAAGGCUGAAUUAUUAAAAUUGAAUUAUAUAAAUACAUGUACUAUGUACAUGAUAAAGCCAAAGAAACAUAUCUACAAAGUGAAGAGAUUUUCCGAAAGUGAAGACAAUUUCGCCCUUAGAAUAUUGUGUUAUAUUAUUGCAAUAACUUAAAUAAAGUUAAACUAAUAUUAAAAUUUGAACUUUCUUGCAUUAUCAUAACUUACCCGGUAAGUCUAUUCAAGAGAACGAUCUCGACAAAGUGCGCAAAAUUCGCAAGAGAAGGAAUUCUCGAGGGCCAAAAUGUUCUCGCUGACACAUCACUAGGCGAGAAAGAUGCCUCGUCAUUAUAACUGAACACGUAACCGUGGAAAUAUUAAAUGCACGGCGCAAGAUUUCUAUCGAAGAAAAACUACGACUAAAAUAAAUGAAACUCUGUUAACCACAUAACAUCAUUAUGUUCAAGUAGCUGUGUGGACCAAAGUCCACUGUGGAGUGCUUCCACAAUGGCCCAUCAUAUCUGAGAACUUCGUCGAACAUAUCGUAUCAACAUCUGAAACCAACAUUAAGAUGUCUGGACAAACAUUUGCCUUUGCUCUUCUCGCCUGCAUAGUAACUGCCUACGGCGCAAAACUGAGCGAUGUACAUAGCACUGAGAUCGUACCCGUAGAAAGAGAAGGACGAAUUUUAGUAGUGCCGACUCUGGGAGACGUGAUUUUUACAGGGUUAAAAGUUACUUGGUUCCUCAUUUCAACAGCCUGGUCUCUCAUUGGCUACAAACUGGCGGCCAUUACCCUGCUAGCCAACGUGGCUAUCUGGAUCGCGCAUAACUGCCUACACGCGAUCAUCGGCGCAGCGGUGACGCUGGCAUUCUGCAAACUCACCGGCAAGUGCACCCUGGACUACGCGGAGUACGAGCCUGAGCUCGCCGUGGCUGCCAAGCACCUCGCCGACGGCACUGCCAAAUUUACCAGUUAAAUUGUAGACUAAUUUGCGUUUCAAGUUUAGAUUAUGUUUCCAGUUGUUAUAUUUAUUAAAUUUAAAUAAAUUAUUUUUAAACAAACAGACAAUAUUU